AUGUUAUGUUCUGCGUUAGCAUUUGUCUCCAGGAGCUUGCAGAGACCAAAAGAUGCGUUAACCGAGACCCAGGGUAAGGAACCGAGGUCGGCACCCAUAUUCAAACUCAACGCGGAUCUUCUGCACCUCAUAUUUCGAAUGUGCACCGACCUUGACGAAGGGGCGGGCGAAAAUGCAUUGGGGGGCUCGAAGGAGUACAGGGCCAUGGUCACAGUGCGGCACUGUUCCCAAGUCUGUCGUUUUUGGCGACAUUCAAUUCUAUCAGCACCAUCGAUCUGGGGGAGAAUUCUCGAUCUUCAGCAACUCGAUCAAGAAAACGACCUUUGGCGAGAGGAGGUUAUCCGAAGAACAGGCGACGCGUUUUUGCACAUCACAGGAAUCGUUCGUGGCUUCAACCAUAUAUCGAAGCAAUUUUUCUACAACCUCAUCAUCAACCACUGGGGUCGUGUACGCGUUAUGGACGUCGAUGUAUACCACCCUCAUGUCUUCAAGCCAGAGACCUGGAAUUUCUUGAUCCGACCAUCGCCAUUCCUCCAAUCAUUAAAACUUCGCUUUCACCCACGAACCAUUUCUCCCACAUCUAUUUUGCCCCAUGGUUCUAUAUUUGCCAAUGAUGCACCUUCUUUGCGCCAGUUCUGCGUCGAACAAUUAUUGUUCGAUACCCGGAUUAGUUGGUUUAGUCAACUUCGGCGUUUUGGCAUCUUCCCGUCGCCGAGACAGCCUGUUACCGUCUGCGAAAUAUUCGAAAUGCUCGCGCAGAUGCCCCUCUUGGAGUCUUUGACGAUAGGAGACGUACGCAAUGAUGUUGCAUCUGGGGAGCUCAAUUUUGAGCACAGCUCCAUUGAGCUACCGAGCCUUCAAGAAAUCGUUUUUACGGACGUUGAAAUGAAAGUGUGCACAGACAUUUUGCAGAGGAUAUCACCGGCUCCAACGUGUGCACUCGACAUUUUCUGCAAACAAAGGAUGCAGCACGGGGUUGGCUCUUCCAAUAACACGGAGGACAAUUUAGGCAGAGCUAUUUUUAUACGCUAUUUUAAGGCGUUCUUCGACAACCACCUGAUAUCCACCUUGACCCUAAGGCAAUGGAACGGAGUCUACACGCUUGAAAGUGAUGUUCCCAAACCUAAAUUCCAGAAGGCAUCAGUUCUACAUCAUCGCCGGUUUAGGGUUUCUAUUGAUCACCACAAUCCAUCCAUUGUAUUCGACAUAUUUGGCGCCUGCCAAUAUCGGAACGCGAAAACUCUGAAGGUGAUACUGGACGUUACAAAGCCCAGCCCAAUUCACGCACCUUACAUGGCACAAUUCAUCAAAUCCCUUGGCCAUGUUGAAACAGUGGUCGUCAAUAGACCCGCUCUUCGAUUCCUCCAAGACAUUUCGAAGGAUAUUUCUGUGAUAUUCCCUUCGAUGCGGACAUUCGAUGUGCAAAGAACACCGUUGUCCAUGCUUCCAUACGUCACAGAUUUUCAAAGUGACUCUGAUGGCCUUGCUGUAAGUGAGGCUCUUCCACAUGACUAUGUAAGACUAUUGAACGACAAGCGUUCUGGGUUCGUCCUAGGCGUUGUGAUUUUUGUUAUUUGUUCCAUUUUAAGUUAUAGCCUCUGA